CCGUGGGGCGGGGACAAUACGGCGGCCGCCGCUCGGUGUCGCGGGAGCCGGACCGCGCAGGCCCGUCCCGGCGCCCGGGGGGGCGCCAUGUGGUUCAUGUACGUGCUGAGCUGGCUGUCGCUGUUCAUCCAGGUGGCAUUCAUCACUCUGGCCGUCGCGGCUGGACUGUACUACCUGGCAGAGCUGAUAGAAGAGUAUACAGUGGCCACCAGCAGAAUCAUCAAAUACAUGAUCUGGUUCUCCACAGCCAUCCUGAUUGGCCUCUACGUCUUUGAGCACUUCCCCACCAGCAUGAUUGGCGUGGGUCUUUUCACCAACCUCGUCUACUUCGGCCUUCUCCAGACCUUCCCCUUCAUCAUGCUGACAUCACCUAACUUCAUCCUGUCAUGCGGGCUAGUGGUGGUGAACCAUUACCUGGCAUUUCAGUUUUUUGCGGAAGAAUAUUAUCCUUUCUCUGAGGUCCUGGCCUACUUCACCUUCUGCCUGUGGAUAAUCCCGUUCGCCUUCUUUGUGUCGCUUUCGGCUGGGGAGAAUGUCCUGCCCUCCACCAUGCAGCCAGGAGAUGACGUGGUCUCCAAUUACUUCACCAAAGGCAAGCGAGGCAAGCGCUUAGGAAUCCUGGUUGUCUUCUCCUUCAUCAAAGAGGCCAUCCUACCCAGUCGGCAGAAGAUAUACUGACCCUUUGGGGAGGGCAUGUGGGGGGCAAGACCAGUAGAGCCAGGCCCCUGGGCUUCUGGGCUCAUGGUGCCUGGGAGCCUGGAGGGUGUCUUCUGCCAGCCCAGGUUUCCCUUCCCUCUGUUGUGAAGCCCCAUCCCCACCCUCCUCGGGGGGCUUGAAUGCUGCCAAGGGCACCAGAGAGGGUUAGCAGAGCCUGCUUUGCCAAGAGGCUGUGUCCCCAGCCCUCCCCUUUGCAGAGUCGGGUCUGGCACAGAUGGGGAAGGGUCUGUGACGCUGGAGAACCAGACCACAAGUUCUCAGGCAGGUGACCAUAGGGAAGAGCUGAGGGUUGGCACUUCCAGGAAAAGUGCGUUUUGCUGUUGAACCGUGGGUCUUGUCCAGUGCGGAUUCCCCUUUGAAUAAAGAUUCUAGGUGGCCCUGUUUGCCUUAACACCCCAGGAGUUCAUCUUUCUCUCUGCCCACUAACCUUCUGCCUAGACUGGGCUAGCCUUCUACUCCAGGGGCUCAUCUUCUGGUUCUUGCCCUUCUGAAGAAAUCCUUGUGGCCCUAAGUGGGAAGGGAACAGAGAUGAGGAUGAGUGGAUAACGGCAGUUUUUCUGAGGCUUUGCCCUCGUUUUCCAUGUCUUCCUCCCCCCAGACUGUGAUAGUCCAGAUGGGAGGGAGCAGAAACAGUUGGGACUGGGUUAGGGAUGCAGAAGACCAUCUACAAUAUCCUAUUUAUGUCUUCCUUUGAGGAAAAGGAGAGGUUUCUUGGUGAAUUCUAUCUCAGGCUCAAUGAAAAAAAAAAUAAUAAAAAUUGGCUUCUGGGCAGCCUAGGCUGUGGCCUGUUUCUUGAGAAAUGGGAUUGGGAGAGGCUGCCGCUCAGAGCACACAGGCCUCACACUCGUGUGUGCUUCUGACUCCUGGAGGGAUGCGAGCUCUGCCUUCUAAGAAGGUGGGCCCCAUCCUGGGUACAGAGCAGCACCUGCUGACCUUGCACUCCAACUACAGUGCCUUGCAAGGGCUAAGCAGUACAUGGAAUGAAGGCCCCACGAGAGCUUCCACUGGCCGAAUCCCGUACCUCACAGUGAGUCUGGCAGGUGCCCAGAUGGGCAGGUAUGGGGAAGACCCCUGUUGGUGAACAUCUAUCUCCUGCAUCCUUCAUCCCAUUGGCUCUUACGUUUCUGUUGGGUCUCAGCCUGCCGUUCCCUGAAUUUUGCUUUGCAGCUACAGGUGAGCUUGCCAGACCUAUUUCUGCCUCUUGGGUGGGUGAAGGUAGAGGACCCGAAGCUGCUGCUCUUCAGCGUCCCGAGACUGGCCCUGUUGGGCUGUGCUGUCCACUUUUUUUAUCUUUGUUCACCCUGCCUGCUGCUCAGUGCUUGGACAGGGGCUUUCCCAGGCUAACCCUGGUGGAGUCCUCACGUUACCUCCUGGGGCUUGGGGUGUCUGGUACAGCUGGUGGUCUGCUUUCUUGCCUCACUUCCCUGGCACUUCUGUGGCUGGCUGUCCCUUUACCUCUCUGCCCUUGCAGUCUCUGUAGAGACUUUUCUCUUGCCCUGUGCACACAGUUGCUCUUUGGCUGUGUUAGGAAUCGCCCGAGGAAGCCCAGCCAUGCUGGUGGCUUUAGGGACACUGUGGAGGAAGCCAGGGCCAACCUUCAGCCCCAAGUCCUCUGUAACUUCUCAGCCACAGUUCUGCUGCCUUCUGGGGACAGAGAUAAUUUGACCUCAAAAUCUGCUCUGUUCACCUGCUUUUUCUAGUACCUGCCCUGGUCCCAUGAUGGCUCAUGAGCCAGGCAGGAUCGUGCUUUCUCUCUCUGCCCUACAUCCAGUCUAUUCUUAGUGUCUCCUGACGAGGCCCGCUCCUACUGUUGUCUUUCACCUAGUCUGUUCUGACAGUCUCCUGUGUUUCUCUCUCCUGUGGCCAGCUGGAGUCGUUUUUCUAAAAUGCACAGUUGGCCAAGUCUUUCCUGGCCUCCAACUUUUCCCCAGCUCUCCACUGCCCUCAGGAUAAAGUCCAGACUCCUGAGCAUGUGUGUGAGGCUCCUGGUGUCCUGGUCCCUGCGGGCCUCAUCACUUGACUAGUACCUCUGGGCCCCAGCCUCCUGUACGCAGAGACCAUGGCUCUCUUGCCACUUUAACGUCCUUCCCUCUGCUCACUUUGGUAGUUUGCCGCUUUUCCUCUUAGAUUUGAUUUCCUCCAAGAGGCCUUGAAUGUCCCGUCCUCCCCUAGCCCCAGCCGCCACACAGAUCCCUCUAGGCUCACUGGCCUGUGGUAUGGUCUGUCUCCCCACAAGACUGGAAGCUCCUUGAGGGCAGGGAAAGCCCUUGGAUUUUUGUAUUAUCAACUACCUGAUUUUGGCGCCUGGCCCAUGGAAAGCACUCAAUAAAUGUUUUGUUUAAAGAA